AUGGUUGCACGGGAACACAAUCAGUUUUACCAGCAAUUGGAAAUUGAUAGGGUGUUGAUGGUGGCAUUCCGAAUGAACCCAUACGAUGUCUUGGAUGUCACGUAUGAGGCUAACGAAAAAGAUAUUCAACGCGUGUUCCGCAAAAAAAGUUUGUUGCUUCACCCCGACAAAGUCACGGACGACGUGGAGCGAGCAAAAGAGGCAUUUGAACUACUCAAGGAUGCGGCAUCUCUGCUCCAGGAUGAAACAAAAAGACAGAGACUUGACGAGACCGUGCGCUCCGCACGGUCCUUGGCGCUUAAAGAGCUUGGCCUCUCGAUGCGGAUGGACCAGCUUGAAAUAGAGAAAGAGCAAGCGCCGGGGGGUAAGCUGCACGAUAUCGUUCCAAGCUUCUCUGACCGAAUCAAGCGGUGUACAAAGCAGCUCAUGCUCGACGACGAGCUAGAAAAGCGCAGGUCGAUCCGUUUGAAGCAAGAGGCCGAGUUUGAGGCACGCAGGCAGCGCGACCAGGCAGAAGAGGUGCUCAAACGUAAAGCAGAGGUGGAGCAAGAGUGGGAGAGUUCUAGAGAGAACCGGGUCCAGGGCUGGCGGUCCUUCCAAAAAGGGUCCUCGAAGAAGAAGAAAAAACAUACCAACGUGUUGGGCUAA